AUGUCUGUAGCUCGGUUUCCCGCCGAAUACGACGAUCGGGAGUCUAAGAAGGCCAAGAGGAUAGCAUCACCCGUGCUAGGCUUCUCGAACGAAGAUAAGGUCGGAACCAUCCAACCCCAUGAUGAUGCUCUGGUCGUCACGUUCAGGAUUGGGGGAUAUGAUGUGAAGAGAGUGCUAGUUGAUCAAGGUAGCGCUGUAGAAGUAAUGUACCCCGACCUAUAUAAGGGGCUGAAUUUGAAACUCGAGGAUUUAACGGCAUACGAUUCCCUUCUGGUAAGCUUCGAAGGGAAGACUGUUACUCCAAGGGGCCAGAUCAGACUGCCCAUACAAACAAGUUCGGACGUGGUGGACGCUUAUUCACCCUACACGGCCAUUGUAGCUAGGUCUUGGCUUCAUGUCUUAGGGGCUGUCUCUUUUAUCCUGCACCAGAAGGUGAAGUACUCGUCGGAGGGCCAGGUCAAAGAAGUUAUAGGGGACCAGACCAUGGCCAGAUAA